CUAAUUUGACGCACAAAUUUGUCAUUUAGAUUAGAUUUUUUCCAUAUAAAGCUUGAGGAUAUGCAUUUGUUGUCAUUGUUGACUCGCAGAGCACUAUACGACACUUGCUUUCUCAUAUCGUGAUUUGCUCCUAAUAAAUGGUAAUAUAACAAUAUGGACUAUGAAUAUCAAUGUGAAGUUUUGGAAAGCUCCAUUGAAGGAACAACUUCUCUUGUGGAACCCAUGACUCCUAUCUGUAAUGGAGACAGUGGAAUCAUUGCAUUGUCUCCACUCUGUGAUCACUACAAUGAUCAGAUGCGGAUUGAUUCUCUGAGUCCUUGUUCAGAUGAAGAAAUCUUCGAGUCUUUGUAUCAGAACCUCUUUAGUAUUGUUCUCUGUCUUCAAAUAGAGGAGUCUGGUAAUGGUUCUCACACACCUCUGUCUGAUCAUUGCCCUGGAGCUCCAAUGAAGCUUACCAGGUUAUCGAGAAGCAUUGAUCCAGGAUUCCAAAGAAAACUCUUCUGAGGUUGCUUCUUAAUUUGAUUUAUAUCUAACAUUGGAGUUAGCUUUAGUCUUGUUAUGUGGUAGUUGUGUUCGAACAAAGAAAAAAAAAAACUGUGUUCUAAUUGUGUUCAUGUGUAUGGUGUAAGUUGGAUUGUUAUCAAUGGUGGA